GAGAUGACAUGUACGAUCCGAUGCGGAGGUGGCCGUAGAUGAAGAGAAAAUUACAAACUGAACUGCAGGCGUAUACACCUUCCACAUGUUCGACUCAAUGCCCAAACCACAUCGGUCGUACAAAAUUGGCCCUUCUUGAUGGCAUCGACAAGGACUAUGAUCUCCAUCUGCAGCAUUGUCUUCUUGAACCUUGCACUUCAAACUCUGCAAGUAGCUCCACGUCGAUCUACUCUUUGACUCCCCGGUUUGACUACGCUGCCUCGGCCACCUCUUGGACCCGCGUCCAGGUCCUUCUCAGCACCAUCAACUGCGAGCUGCUCAUGUCGUCAGCGUCGGUCGCUCUGCACCGCCACUCCAACGCGCUCGUCAACGUGCUAUCUCCCGUGGCGGACUCCAGCAUCUCGCUGCUUGGAUCGUCGGUGAAACUAUACUCGCAUGCACUGAAGGUGUUCAACGAAAUAGGUAGCUGAGUAAGAGCUCACAUCAAUGCUGUGCUGCUGAUGUUGGCGUGUCAUCUACCUUGAUGUCGGCGGGACGGUGCUGCGGAUACAACCCAGCGUUGACUUCUUCGUCUACUAUGUCUACAACACUAUCACAAGCGUGGGAGUAUACAUGCAUUAAUGUGUUUUCAUGUAAGCAUGUCUAUCUAUGCAAGUGCAUUCUGCCUUUCACUAUGAUAAUACUUUCUAAGGAAAAUAAAGGAGUAUGAGAGUGCUUUUCAGAAGUAGUGUAAUGGGGAUGCACAACUGAACCUGCACAUAGUUGCUCGUCACAACAGAACCAUGUCAUAAAAAAACCUAGAAUGUUUCAAUAUUCGGUAUCGAAGUGUAGCCAAACACUGGUUGCGAAAACACAUUAUAUUGGAUAAUUCAACAUAUAUUUUCCAACUUUUCUAGUAAUAAGUACAAUACGCUGUUUUAACUCUUGAUUUGCAUGUCAUCUGAUGAACGGAACUGCGUUUUGAAACUGCAGGAUGAGCAACAAGAUGGAGGUUGAGGCUGCAGUGGUGGCAACCGUCCAGUUCCUGAACAAGGCGGUGAAGCUGGAUCUUUCUGUCUGAGGAUUUAUCAUUUUCCCCUCUGAAAUUUAUUCAGAGAGCGCUUAAAUGUUACAGCUAUAUACAAAACAUACCUAGUGGACUAACUAGCUGGAUAAUCUCACUAAACCUAGUGAAUUAAUCUCACCAUGUAAUUCUAGUUCGAGAGAUUGUUCUAUAGGUUUCAGAGUAGAGAAAAUGAAUACAACUUAUCAGUACUUUAUAAUGUGAAAUUUAAGUUAUAAUAAUGCUUAACACUGUCCCACAUUCUACAUAGCUUUUUGGAUUUGUUGCCAUUUCUAGUAGAUUAUUUCUCUAUAUCCAGAAUUAUUUUGAUCAAAUAAUUGCCAUUUCUAGUUGCCAUCCACACUCUUACUGCCAUGGUACUGUCACAUGAUCUCUAAUUUGAUUUCGAUUGUCAUCUCCUUCCUCCCAGGCCGGCCACCAUCUCCAGUUCUCAAAUCCUUCAAGGUAUGCUAUCCUACUGUCCUACACCUCCGUUCCCCUGUCUCCCUUCUUGUUUUCUAUCACGAUAAACUACUAGAACUGCUGGGGCUGGGAUUGGCAGUCUGUUUUCCACCCAGGCUAGAACUCCUGCAUCCCUCAACCAUAUUCACAUCACAGGUUAGAUGAAUGAGUCUGCUAUUCCUUUGGCUGAUUCCUUCUUCCUUUUUCAUCUAAUCACACCAUACCACCUUUUCUUCUUCUUAGGGUUCUCUUGAAUCCGUUUCAAUUGGUGAAAUAAUACUAAGUUUCCGCAGGAGUGCUAUUUGCUUGUUUUUAAUUUUUGUAUGAUAUAACAUAUAGUGUGUUUAGAGUUGUGUAGACAGUAACAUAUCUAGUGUGUUUCUGUUUACAGACGGAUCUUCUCAAACCGAAAGGUAGGAUUGAGAAGAAAAGUCCUUAUUUGUAGGAGCUACAAGAUUGAAGGCAAGGUAUAAAUGAUGCUUCGUUGUUUAAAGUCUACUACUAUAUACUUUUUCCUAUAGAACCCAGUUUUCUGUAAUGCACGGCCUACUUUUUAGCCACUUUAAACAUGCAUGGGUUAAUCUCUUCAACGAGCAUGGUUAAGCUAACCCCCCUAAUUCUUAUUCAUGUGCUCAGAGCCUUAAUUGUCUAAUAACACAUCUCUGUUGAGCUUUUGCUCUCUAUAUACAUUUCGAUACGAGGUAUUGUUACAGGAUAAAAGUAAUUCUUCUUUAAGCCUUCAUAUUCAGUUUUGGCCUAUUACCUAUGUAGAACCAACUAAUAUUUAGUUGCUACAAAUGAUUUUAUUUUGUACUCUAAUAUCUUUCCUGUAAUAGGCUCCAGAAAGCUUUUGACCUACUGAAUUUGUAAGUGCGAAUAUUAGACGAUUUUCUUCACAUUAUUGCUGCAAUUGGAUUUUAUUUUCGCAAUGGGUAAUAUAUCUACUUCCCUGAUAUAAGGAACAUAACUACUUCUAUGGUUAGUCUGUUUAUUCUAGAUGUGAUGGUAGGAUGCUGAUAUUGGAGGAACAAGCAAGCGAAUCGGGAACAAAGAGCCUUGUUGGUCAGACAAGUAAGAUGGAAGCCAGUUAGAUGAACCAUGUUAGAUGAACCUUGUUGUGUAUUUUAUCUAAUGGUGUCAAACCAUGUUGUUCAUGAUGUGGCGAUGAACACUGUUGGUCAUGGACAUUAAUUAGAUGCAUGGAUUGUGAAUCCUUGAAUGUUUCAAAA